GGGCGCACACGGCAUCUUCCAGGAAGAAACCCGGAGUAAAAAGCGUCAAGCGCUUGAAUGAGCGGCUUCUGCCAGCUUUAAAAAGGAUUUUCAGGGAUUCCCACUCUCUCAUAUGCUGCUGUUUGGACGGAGGCACAGUCAACAUGCUGAUUAAAGAAUUCCGAAUUGUCCUGCCCAUUUCAGUGGAGGAGUACCAAGUGGGUCAGCUGUUUGCGGUAGCAGAGGCCAGUAAGAGUGAGACGGGUGGAGGAGAAGGUGUGGAGGUGUUGGUCAACGAGCCCUAUGAGAAGGAUGGAGAGAAGGGACAGUACACCCACAAGAUCUACCACCUGAAGAGUAAAGUGCCAGGUAUUAUCCGUGUGUUAGCGCCGAAAGGAUCUCUCAUGGUUCACGAGAAGGCCUGGAAUGCAUAUCCUUACUGUCGAACCAUCCUUACUAAUGAAUACAUGAAUGAGAAGUUCAUGAUUAAGAUCGAGACGUGGCACAAGCCUGAUAUGGGGGAUCAGGACAAUGUGCAUGGGCUGGACAAAAGCACAUGGGAAAAAACUGAAAUAGUUGACAUUGACAUUGCUGACAGAAGUUGCAUAAGUCCAAAGGACUACAACCCAGAUCAUGAUCCAGCCAUCUUUAAGUCAGUGAAGACAGGUAGAGGGCCCCUGGGACCUGACUGGAAGAAAGAACUCGCUAACAACCCCAACUGUCCACACAUGUGUGCCUAUAAGCUAGCCACCGUUGAAUUCAAGUGGCUGGGACUACAGGGCAAGGUGGAAAGCCUCAUUCAAAAGGUGGAGAGGCGUGUGUUCACCCACUUCCACAGACAGCUGUUCUGCUGGAUCGACAAAUGGAUUGAUCUGUCGAUGGAUGACAUACGACACAUGGAGGAGGACACAAAGAAGGAGCUGGAUGAGAUGAGGAAGAAUGAUGAAAUUAAAGGCAUGGUAGGUGACGACAACUGACGGCAGCUGGCUGACUAACCCCAUCACUCUCUGAUAAAGGAGGAUUUCUUCUCUCCUGGGACACUGGACCUAGAACAGAUUGAUAGGCACAAUUAUCAGUAAUACCACACUUACAUCCUAAUACAAUUUGCUCUUAAUAAGAGCUCAUUAUUGUAAAGCAAUUGUGUACUUGUGUACAAAUCUAUGUACUGCAUUUGAAUACAACUACAGCAACUUAGUUUUUGCAAGUUUGCAAGUUGGGGAAUCAGUUUUGAGGAUGAAGUGUUCUUGCUUAUGCCUAUUCGGUCCAAUAAAUUUUAAAACAUUAGGAAAAAGGUGUGCGUUGUCUCUGAAGACACAUUUCUGAUUACUGUUAUCUUUUUUUAAUGGCUGUUAUUUGGGUUUUGUUUUUGUCUUUUCUUGAUUUUUGUAUUUUCUAGUUCUCAGUGAUUUAUUGUUUACCUACCAGAGCAAGGCAAAUUUUCCACACGUCUUCUGUCUACAUCUGCAAAACGCUCCAGAGUUACAAGGAUCGUAGAAUGUUCUUUUAAAGAAUUGACAAAUAGAAUAGGUUUCAGUGCUUUUGAGAAAAUUCUGUUAAUUUCCUGGUUUCCUCUCACAAAGUGCACUUAUUGUUCUGUUUUGUCACACUGGAAAAUGUCUCCACCCUCCUGUGCUUAAUGUUUCCUCAAGCAUUUUGAAUUCAUCGUGACAUGGUGGCUGGAGGCAUUGUAAUGAAAAUACAGCUUAUGUUUACGUAAAAACGAUCACAUAUGAGGAAUUCACUUUGAAAAGACCUAGGUGGUGGGUUUGGCUUCAUACAAAGAUGCCAGCUGCUGUUUUGUAAUUCUAGCGUUGGGUUGAGGUUUUGAUUGUUGGUGAUGAUAUGUAAGAAGCAGCUGAACUUUCAAAAUGAUUGACACAUGAAGCAGUUCUGUCUUAAUAACUUUUCAAAAGUUUGGCCUACAUCAUUGUAAGUCUUGUCCUGUGUUGAAUGAAAUACCCUGGAUUUUAAUGUAAUGAGUGAUAUGAUUGUGUAGUAUAUUAAAGACAGUUUAUUUGUUCCUUG